AUGGCUCACACUCGAGCACAGAAAGCGAUCCCAGGGCAUCCAGAAGCACAGAAGCACCCAUCACACGACACGUCUCCAGCAGAAGCCAACUCGCGAGCGCUCGAACUACGAUCAACCGCAUCCAUAUCCGGCCAAGAAGAUUCUAUCUCAACAGGAUUCCCCGACACCUGGCAAAGCGUGGUACGAAACGACGUGUUGACGCACUCGAUCACGACUUUGACUCCACUCCGAAGCGGCCUCGACGAUCUCCUAGGUUAUAUCGUGUAG